AUGGUCUCCAAGGAGGAGGCAUCCGUCGGCUUCUCCACGGCCACGGACAAUGGCAUCGCGGCCGUCGCCACCCGCGAGGACGACGCCUCAGUCGCCAAGGAAGCGCUCUCGCCCUACGCCGAGUACGGGCAGACGAAGCGCGGCCUCACGCCGCGGCACGUGCAGCUCAUGACGCUCGGGGGCGCCAUCGGGACGGGCCUCUUCGCGGGCAUCGGCGGGGUGCUGUCCAAGGCGGGACCGGCGAGCCUCGUCCUGGGCUUCGUCAUCUGGAGCGUCGCCUUUGUGUGGCCGUGCAACCUGGCCGUCGCCGAGAUGGUCGCCUACCUGCCCAUUCGGGGCUCCAUCUUCGAGCUGGCGAGCCGCUUCGUCGACCCGGCCAUGGGCUUCGCCAUGGGCUGGACCUACUUUUACACGUGCGUCAUGCUCGUGUGCGUCGAGUACAGCGCCGUCGCCACGGUGAUGCAGUUUUGGAUCCAGGACGUGAACCCCGCGGCGUGGAUCGCCAUGGCCAUGGUGGUGUGCGUGCUGCUCAACGUGGUGGCUGUCAAGUGGUUCGGCGAGACCGAAUUCUUCAUGGCGUCCACCAAGCUCCUCCUCAUCGUCUUCCUCGUCUCCCUCACCAUCGUCACCAUGUGCGGCGGCAACCCGCGGCACGACGCCUACGGCUUCCGCAACUGGAACGGCGGGCACGCCAUGCUGACGUACCAGGUCCACGAGCCCGAGUCGCUCGGCCGCUUCCUCGGCGUCCUCAAGGCCAUCACCUACGCGUGCUUCUCCGUCAACGGGCCCGACAUGAUGGCCCUGGCCGCGGGCGAGAUCCAGAACCCGCGCCGCACCAUCCCCCGCAUGGCCCGCCUCAUCUUCUACCGCCUCGCUGCCUUCUACAUCAUCGGCGUCCUCGCCGUCGGCAUCAUCUGUGAAGCCCGCGAUAAGAACCUCAUCGGCGCCCUCGACAGCGGCGUCGGCACCGGUGCCGGGGCCUCGCCUUGGGUCAUUGGCAUCAAGAACCUGGGCAUAACCGGCCUGCCCGACAUGAUCAACGCGUUUAUCCUGCUCUCGGGCUGGUCGUGCGGCAAUGCCUACCUCUACGCCUCGUCGCGGACUCUGUACGGGCUCGCCAGGGAUGGCCAGGCCCCGCGAAUCUUCAUGCGCUGCAACUCCUCGGGCGUCCCUGUCUACUGCGUCAUGGCCGUCACGCUCAUCAGCUGCAUCACCUUCCUCGUGUCGUCAACAUCGGCCGCCACCGUCUUCUUCUGGUUCGUCGACCUCACCACCACGGGCCUCAUCGCCACCUACACGGCCAUGCUCGUCGUCUACCUGGGGUGGUUCCGCGCGCGCAAGGCCCAGGCCGGCGACGACGUCCCCGACGGCGUCCUGCACCCGGCGCACGAGUCGCGGCUCCCCUACAUCGCGCCCUGGGGCCCCUGGCCCGCGUGCGGCGCCCUGUUCCUCGGCUGCUCGGCGCUGCUCUUCGUGGGCUUCGACUCCCUGAACCCCUUCAAGACGCAGGGCUUCAUCACCAGCUACUUUUGCCUGCCGUACAGCGCGGCGCUCUUCGCCUUCUGGAAGGUCUAUCGCCGCACGCGCCUGGUGCGCCCGCGCGAGGCCGACCUCAUCUCCGGCAAGGCCGAGAUCGACGCCGAGAGCAGGGUGUGGGAGGAGGGCGGCCUGGACGAGAACUGGCGCGCCCACCUGGCGGGGAUGCCCUUUUUCCGGCGGUGCUGGGAGCGUAUCUGGUGA